AGCUGUCUGUCAUGUGCUUAGCCGCACCUAUUCAGGAGCCGAACAGAAGUUUGCCAGUUGCGGCGGACAAAGGUGUCUCAGGAGCCAGAGUGAGGAGACAAACCAGUGGCAUUUGGCUCCACAAUGGCAUCUGAAAACAAGGUCAUAACUACGGACCCUCCAAACGCUGAGGAAGAGCAGCAAGUGAAUGUAGUGAACAGGGUGGCCGGCUUGCCCCUUAUCAGCUCUGCCUACAACCUGGUCUCCUCUGCUUACAGCUACACCAAGGGGACCCAUCCGUACGUCAACAGCAUCUGCAGCGUGGCAGAGACGGUGGCUGCCAUGGCAGUGGGCAGCGCCGUCGGUGGCGUGCAGCCGAUUCUAAGCCACCUUGAACCUCAGAUCACGUCAGUCAACAAGUAUGCAUGCAAGGGACUGGACAAACUGGAAGAGAGCCUUCCCUUCCUUCAACAGCCAACAGAGAAGGUCAUUUCAGACACCAAGCAGAUGGUCUCUACCACAGUCAUGAGUGCUGUGGAUGUUGCCUAUGGUGCAAAAAAUGCCGUGGCCAGCAGAGUGGUGGGAGCUGUAGACGCUACCAAAGACGUUGUCCAGGAAAGCGUUGAGUUGACCAAAUCAGUGGUGUCCUCCACAGUCAAUACAGCCAAGGAAGCUGCCUGUGGUGCAAAGAAUAUAGUGACCAGCAAAGUGAAUACAGCUGUAGGGCGGAGCAGAGAAGCUGUCCAGGAUGGCGUGGAGAUGACCAGCUCCGUGGUGACUAACAGCAUAAAGAAAGCCCGGGCAGCCGGGCAGAUGGUGGCGAGUGGAGUGGAUGUCGUGCUGGAGAAAUCGGAGGCGCUGGUGGAUCACUACCUCCCCAUGACAAAUGAGGAACUGGUUAAACUUGCCGUCGCCGUUGAGGGGUUCGAUGCGGCAUCUGUGGAAGAGCAGACACAGCGGCGGAGUUACUUCGUGCGCCUGGGCUCCCUCUCAAGCAAAGUCCGCCACCGAGCCUACCAGCAUUCCCUGCACAAGCUGCGGCUUGUCAAGCAAAACACCCAGGAAACUCUUUCGCAACUGCAGCUGGCAAUAACCCUUAUUGAAUACGUAAAACAGGGCGUUGGCCAGAAGCUUCUAGAUAGCCAGGAGAAGCUUCGGCAGCUGUGGAUGGAGUGGAACUGGACCCAGCCAAGAGGGAGCCCGGCUAAAGAUGCUUCCUCCCAGACAGAGGUGGAGUCUCAUACCCUAGCCAUGAUGCGGCUCAUCACCCAGCAGCUGCACCCUGCCUGCGAGAGCCUGGCUUCCAGCAUCCAAGGCCUCCCCAGCAGCAUACAGGACACGGUGCAGCUUGUUGUUAACAACGUGCAGCAACUCCACGCCUCCUUCUCCAGAGCAGAUUCCUUCCAGGACCUCUCCAGCAGCUCCCUGGCUCAGAGCCGGGAGAAAGUGACCAGGGCCCAGGAAUCUCUGGAUGCCCUACUGGAGUACUUAUCGCACAACACUCCCCUCAAUUGGCUCAUAGGUCCCUUCACGCCAUUGGUCAGUGCCACCCAAGAAGCCACAAAGGAGCCGAAAGAAAUGACGAUGAUGGAGAGAUCGCCCGCAGUGCAAGUGGUGUCUGCAGCACGGAAGAGGGUAGCGACGGUUCCUAAGGCCUCGGAGGAAGAGAUGGCUGUGUCAUUGAAGGAGGAGGUACCUAAAGCACCAAAGGAGUCAAUGAAGACACUGAAAAAAGCUAUAGAGGAGAUGACCAAUACCUCGGAGCAGAUGGUGGCUGAAGAACCAAAGAGAAUUCAGGAAGAGCCCUGAAAUGUUCCAGCUGAGCUAUUGCAGCCAGUUCUAUCCAUCCUGGGAAAGAACAGAACUUCCCUGUAAGUUUUUAGUCCCUCUCGUCCCUGCCAGACCCACCCAAAGAAGGGUUCUUGCCUCUCCGCGCCUACCUCAACACACUGUCCCACGCUCAAAGCGAACAUACAGCUCAUCUGGCUGUACAUGCAGGAAACUCACUAACCAAAGUGACUGUCUGCACCUACCGCUCUUGCCUCAUUUGUGAAACACACUGAACUGACGUGGGGGAGGAGGGAUGCUCAGUGUUAGCCUUAAGAGCUGCGUGCCUGUGGUGGUCCAUGCAUCGAUUGCUUUGCCUGGCUGCAGACAGGUGUAGAGGGAAGCAUCAAAACUAAAUGCGUCCGAGCUGUGGACAGCUUAACACACCAAAAUAGCCCUUCACAUUUGAUCUUAUUUCUUCCUCUUAAUUGUUAUAGCUUGUACACUACAAUAUUCUACCUCCUUCUCUGACUGUUCUGCCUCACCCAAGGGUUGAAACCAUCUGCAGGACAGUCCACAGCUGCUGUGGGUGUCUUCCUUCCCAAGGUGACUUCCAAGCCCUUUUUUU